AUGAUGAAGAGUAGCCUUUCAGUUUCCUGCCUCACCUUGGCUUUCUUUUUCCUCUCUGGUGCUCAAUCCGCUAGGAUAACUUUCAGAAACAAUUGUCCCAAUACCAUCUGGCCAGGAACCCUAACUGCUGAUCAGAAACCUCAACUAUCAACAACCGGAUUUGAGUUAGCAUCCAAAGCAUUCACAUCACUAGAUGUCCAAGCUCCAUGGAAAGGCCGUUUUUGGGCACGAACUGGUUGCUCCACGGAUGCCUCAGGAAGGUUCUCUUGUGCUACUGCAGAAUGCGCCUCUGGAAAGAUUGCAUGCAAUGGCAAUGGUGCAGUCCCGCCGGCAUCUUUAGUGGAAAUAAACAUAGUAGAGAAUGGUGGGCAAGACUUUUAUGAUGUCAGCCUUGUCGAUGGCUUCAACUUGCCUGUUUCAGUGAGCACAGAAGGUGGGACUGGUGAUUGCCGGACCUCGAGUUGCUCGGCCAAUGUGAACGCGGCUUGCCCAGCAGAUCUGCAAGUGAAAGACGUGGAUGGGAGUGUAAUCGCAUGCAAGAGCGCAUGCAUAGCAUUCCAUCAGCCACAAUACUGCUGCACUGAUGGUUUCAAUACCCCAGCAACAUGUCCUCCCACGAACUAUUCAAUGAUCUUCGAGAAUCAAUGCCCUCAAGCUUAUAGCUAUGCUUAUGAUGAUGUGAACAGCACCUUUACCUGCUCUGCUGCAUCUAAUUAUGUUAUCACUUUCUGCCCUUAAACUUGAUCAAGAAUU